CCACAAGGUCCAGGUAUUUGUCUUGACAACUACCUUCUUUUCAGAGGUCAAUGGAUCCAUAAGCAGAUGAUCUGUCAUCUUGUCAUCAAUAAAGAUUUCAUCUUGAAGUCAUUCAAUCAACUUGAACAUGUACAUUCCAGCUAUACAAAAGUUAACAAUCAGAUUGACAUGUCUGCAGGAUUGUUAAGGUCAUACUCAAGGGCUAAUGAAUCCUAA